AUGGACGGAGAAGGAGCUUCAGGCGAGUCUUCGUCUUCAAAUCAGCUAGAGAAUUGGACAGAAGAACAGGAUCGGGUGAAAAAGAAACUGAUCACGCACGAUGACUUCCCAUGGAAGUUACCUUCAUCAACGGAACAUUCUCAAGGAUCAGAGACGCUUAAGUACGUUGGAGGUGUGGACAUAAGCUUCUCCAAGGACGAUUCCUCAGUGGCGUGCGCUUGUCUCGUCGUCCUCGAGCUCCCUUCUCUGCGUGUAGUUCACAAUGAGCUCUCUCUAAUCCGACUCCAAGUUCCUUAUGUUCCUGGGUUUCUCGCCUUUCGUGAGGCUCCGGUUCUGUUGCAGAUUCUUGAGAAGAUGAGGGAUGAUCAUCAUCCUUUCUAUCCUCAGGUAGUGAUGGUUGAUGGGAAUGGGAUUCUUCAUCCACGAGGUGAACCUAAACACAAACGUUCUUGCAAAAUCCUCUCAUCUGCAUCCUUGCAGCAAACGCAAACCCUUGCUAAAUUCAUCUACUGCGCUGAUCCUUGUAGACCACAACUCGUAAGACUCAUGGUUAGGAGGGAUGUGAUAAGCCCAGGGGUUGAGCUUAUCUGUGUAGAACAGAAAGGGGAGAAGAUUGAGGAAGAGCAAAGGUAG